GGCUCUCUGCCCUCGGAACCUCCAGCUGACUGCCACGCCAGAGGGGCGCGCGGCCGGAGCUGCGACCUCCACCCGCCCCCGCGGCGCCCAUAAAAGUGGGGGUUCCCGCUACGCCGGGCCUCGCCGCUAUACCCAGGCCGCAUGGGGGUGGGGAAAGAACUCAGCGGAGCUCGGCCUCAGGAUCUGCGCCCCCGUGGAAAGAGCAGAGGGGAGUCAUUUCACCCGGUCUCUCCUCAGCUGGGGUCUCGGGAAAUACGCGCUCGGAUAGGUGGAUCGACUUGUGCUUCCGCACAGCUAAUCGUUGACGAAAAAGGGAAUAUUGGCAGGCGAGUGGGCCAAUCAAAGGAGGCAUCGGUGUCACUAGUUAAAAGGCAUCUGCUGAAAGAUUUGGAACAGAAGAAGGUGGCUACUCCAAACCAGACCAACUAUAACACAGAGUCACCAGCAGCCCUGGAGGAGGCUAAGAUCUCUCGUGUUCCUGGGAGCCCCAAAACAUCCCCUGAGCCUCAUGACCCUGGAGGUUCCCUGCCCCUGACACCCCGGAUGGAGAGCCACUCAGAGGAGGAAGAUCCUCCUGGCAGUGGCCUAGGCUGGAACGGUAGGGGUCCCCGGGCCCAGAGCCCAGGGAGCUGCUCAGUGGAGGCCGUACUGGCACGGAAGAAGCACCGCCGGCGGCCUUCAAAGCGCAAGCGGCACUGGCGGCCCUACCUGGAGCUGAGCUGGGCCGAGAAGCAACAGCGGGAUGAGAGGCAGAGCCAGCGGGCCUCCCGGGUCCGAGAGGAGAUGUUCGCCAAAGGCCAGCCCGUGGCACCCUACAAUACCACCCAGUUCCUGAUGAACGACAGAGACCCCGAGGAGCCCAACCUGGAUGUGCCCCAAGGGGCCUCCCACCCAGGCUCCAGUGGGGAGAGUGAGGCCGGGGACAGCGACUUGAGGGGCCGAGCUCAUGGGGAGUUCCAGCAGAGGGAUUUCUCUGAGGCCUAUGAGCGCUAUCACACUGAGAGCCUGCAGGGCCGCAGCAAGCAGGAGCUGGUGCGCGACUACCUGGAUCUGGAGAGGCGGCUGUCACAGGCCGAGGAGGAGACGAGGAGGCUGCAGCAGCUGCAGGGGUGCACCAGCCAGCGGCCCUGUCGCCAGGUGGAGGAGCUGGCCGCUGAGGUAGAGAGGCUCCGGACGGAGAACCAGCGGCUUCGGCAGGAGAACGAGAUGUGGAACCGAGAAGGCGGCCGCCGUGGUGGGGAGCCGGGCACCUAGGGGUGCCCCCCCAUCCAGGCUGACCCAAGGAGAAGGUCCUGUUUUGUACACACUCAGGCCAGCCGAGUCUCAAGGAGGCAGGUCUCAGCACCCCUGCGCCCCCUGAGAACAGCUAAUUUAGGUUCCGGCUUCCAUCUUGUCAUUUCCACAGUUUGUUCUUUGAUGUCAUCUUAUUUUUCACAAAGGAAUUAAAUGAUUUUGGUGAGAUCA